AUGACCACCGUUCAAAAGGAACUCAAAUCUGAAGUCAGCACUCCAAACCCCUUCGCAGUGCGUCCGCGACCCGAAGCUCAGCUCUCUGAAGUUCCGGCCGAAAUGUUUGUCGAAAUACCUCCUCCGCAUCCUGAGCACAAAGUAAAACAUAUGAAAGAAAGUAGUAUCACAGCCACGGGAGCAGGUACCCGGUCAGCAUUAUCGACCUCAAGAACCACCGGUACUAAAAGAAAGCAACCGAUGCCGUUGAAAUCACCUAUAGCUGAGUCCGCUCUAGCCGAACCCCGCACCCUUAGUUGUGAAGUAUUCACAAAUCGGUGGAGAUCGUGUCUCAGGCAGUUUCUUCUUGGAACAGCUUUCCUCUCUGCAUAUGCGAGGGACGUUGAGGUGAUCAAAUCGCGUUGGAUGGACAUUUUCGACGUGUGUCAGUACUACUACAACUACGAGGCAUGUCUGGCUGCCGAUGGCCAAUCGAUCCCAGAGUCCUGUCCUAUUUUUGGACACAAGGCCUUGAGCGGGGUAGUCGGCGGUGCAUGCGGUCGAGAAGUGGUGACGUUGAUGAAGAAGCACAGCUCCUGCAUCGCCAAAGUGAUCACGAAUCAGACCGAGAGCAGCGAAUGCCUACAGACGUUUCUAGACUUUUUCAAAGUUACUUACGAUAGCCUGACCCCACAGAAAGUGGCCUGCCAGCGAAUCCCGAAACUGAAGACAUGUCUGAAGAGUUUUGCGUUGCCCUCGUGUGAUGAGGAGGCUCAACAGGCGCUGACGAUGUUCAAGUUCCAGUGCAUGGACACGACAAAAGACCUGUGCGGUGACGCCGGUUCGUCGUUCAUUCCGGUAUCGCAUACGUUCCUCAAGCCUGACAGCAAGUCGAACGCCAUUGUAGCAGUCAGUCCCAGUUUCGAAUCAUGCUGGGAUAAGCAACAAGCAUUGAUUGGGACUGCUGGAAUUGGUGAUUACCUCCCUCUCUGUGAGGAUAACGGUGAAUAUUCGCUCAUUCAGUGCCACCAAGCGAAAGCUGAAUGUUGGUGCGUCGACGUCAAAACGGGAGAAGAAAUCGAAAAUACUCGAGUCAAAGGAGAUCCUCAAGUUCAGCUGUUAAUUUCAGAGUGCCAUACGAUGAGAGCGAAAGCGGCCAAGGAAGGUGGUUUCGAACCAGCCUGUCAAAAUAAUGGCAGAUUUCAGCCUUUGCAAUGCGACUUUAAAGCUGAAGAAUGCUGGUGCGUGAAUGAAAGCUCCGGCACCGAGGUACCCGGAACAAGAAUGCGCAAAGAUCAAAAGCUGCCCGACUGUGGAGGUAAGUUUGGGAGAAAAAAAGCUUCCUAA